GGCGGGUCAUUUUGGGAGGAAGCGCUAGAACGAGAUCAGUGGAGUUCUGUCACGAGCUUCGUCCGGGUACAUCGACCGAGCGUAAAGUCUCGUACAUUAUUGACGACUUUAUAUAACAUAUAGUUAUAUCUCCUCAAGAAACAGGUUCUGUAAUUUCGGCUCGUCAACAAGCAGAAUUCCUGUUGUUCUUUUGCGGCCAUUUGGGUGAUGUAUUCUAACAUUUGAUAGAGCUAGCCAGCUCGCUAGCUGUUUGGCUAGCUUGCCGUGCGUGACUCAAAGUCAGAGAGAUAUCAGUUGUUAUUUUAACCCAGUCGACAUUAAAGUAUAUAGCCAUAAAUUACAAUCAGUACGUUAACUUUUUAUUUAGUGCCGCAGCUGAAGCGUAUAACCUGCACCGUCUCUUUCCCAUUGAAGAGAGUUUACGGGAUUGAAUGAAUUAGCGAGCGGAAACACCAAUCGCUCUGACUAACGAGCUUUACUCUUCCCCACUGCAUUAACCUUUCAUAUUUAUAUAAACACGCUCAUUUGGUACUUUGUUUGUUUGCUACACCAACGCUUAAUAAGGUAAAGGGUCGUUUAUAGCUUUGCUAGCUAGCGUGCAAGUCUGUGAUAGUUAGCCCGCUAGCUCGGUCUGUUUGAAUUCUCACAGCGCCUGUAAAACCUGCACUCCUGACCAUCUGAAAGUAAUUUGUUUCGUGUUGGAAUCGGCUUGAAGAUAAAACCCAGCAAACAUGCCGGCUGUGUCGAAGGGAGACGGUAUGCGAGGAUUAGCGGUGUUCAUUUCGGACAUCAGAAAUUGUAAGAGUAAGGAAGCUGAGAUCAAACGCAUAAAUAAGGAGCUAGCCAACAUUCGCUCUAAGUUUAAAGGGGACAAGGCAUUGGAUGGAUACAGCAAGAAGAAAUAUGUGUGCAAGCUGCUCUUCAUUUUCCUUCUGGGCCACGACAUUGACUUUGGCCACAUGGAGGCUGUCAACUUGCUCAGUUCCAACAAGUACACCGAGAAACAGAUUGGUUAUCUCUUCAUUUCUGUGCUGGUGAACAGCAACAGCGAACUGAUCAGGCUGAUUAACAAUGCCAUCAAGAACGACCUGUCCAGCAGAAACCCCACCUUCAUGUGUCUGGCCCUGCACUGUAUCGCUAACGUUGGCAGCAGAGAGAUGGCUGAGGCCUUUGCCGGAGAGAUCCCACGCAUCCUCGUGGCUGGGGACACAAUGGAUAGUGUGAAGCAGUCUGCAGCUCUGUGUUUGCUCCGGCUGUACAAGACCUCCCCAGACCUUGUGCUCAUGGGGGAAUGGACAUCUAGAGUGGUGCACCUGCUCAAUGACCAACAUAUGGGUGUGGUCACUGCUGCGAUCUCCUUGAUCACCUGUCUCAGCCAGAAGAACCCUGAUGAGUUCAAGACCUGUGUGUCACUUGCUGUCUCUCGUCUCAGCAGGAUUGUUUCCUCAGCCUCCACUGACCUCCAGGACUACACCUAUUACUUUGUUCCUGCGCCGUGGCUGUCCUGCAAGCUGCUCCGGCUGCUGCAGUGCUACCCACCUCCUGAGGAUGGCGCUGUGAAGGGACGACUGGUGGAGUGUUUGGAAACCAUCCUCAACAAAGCCCAAGAGCCACCCAAGUCUAAGAAGGUUCAGCACUCCAAUGCCAAGAAUGCCAUUUUGUUCGAAGCCAUCUCUCUCAUUAUUCACUAUGACAGUGAGCCUAAUCUUCUUGUGCGAGCAUGUAAUCAGCUCGGCCAGUUCUUACAGCAUAGAGAGACUAACCUGCGCUACCUGGCCCUGGAAAGCAUGUGCACCCUUGCCAGCUCCGAGUUUUCCCAUGAGGCAGUCAAAACACACAUUGAGACAGUCAUCAAUGCUCUUAAGACUGAGAGGGAUGUCAGUGUUCGUCAGAGAGCUGCUGACCUCCUCUAUGCCAUGUGCGACCGCAGCAACGCCAAGCAGAUUGUCGCAGAGAUGCUGAGUUACCUUGAGACAGCUGACUACUCUAUCAGAGAGGAGAUGGUGCUGAAGGUAGCAAUCCUGGCGGAGAAAUAUGCUGUAGACUACUCUUGGUACGUGGACACCAUUUUGAACCUAAUCCGCAUUGCUGGGGAUUACGUCAGUGAAGAAGUGUGGUACCGUGUCAUCCAGAUCGUCAUCAACCGUGAUGAUGUGCAAGGCUAUGCAGCCAAAACAGUAUUUGAGGCUUUGCAGGCUCCUGCGUGUCAUGAGAAUAUGGUGAAAGUUGGUGGGUAUAUCCUGGGAGAGUUCGGUAACCUGAUUGCUGGAGAUCCUCGUUCCAGUCCUCUGGUUCAGUUUAACCUGCUCCACUCCAAGUUUCACCUGUGUUCGGUUCCCACACGUGCCCUGCUGCUUUCGGCCUACAUUAAGUUCAUAAAUCUGUUCCCGGAGACCAAAAGCACCAUUCAGGAAGUGCUUCGCUCUGACAGCCAGAUCAGAAACAGCGAUGUAGAGUUACAACAGAGAGCUGUGGAGUAUCUCAAGCUUUCUUCUAUUGCCAGCACCGACGUACUGGCCACAGUGCUGGAGGAGAUGCCGCCGUUCCCAGAGAGAGAGUCAUCCAUCCUGGCCAAGCUGAAAAAGAAGAAAGGACCAGGAGCCGUAUCUGUCAACGAGCUGGAGGAGGGGAAAAGAGAGGGAGGCGAACUUAAUGGAGGGGGAGAGAGAGGCGGAGACACCUCUGCUAUUGCUACAUCUAAUGCGUCUACACCGUCUCCAUCUGCCGAUCUUCUGGGGCUCCGUGCGGGUCCUCCUGUGACGGCUGCUGCUCCCAGUGCAGGCAGCUUAUUGGUUGAUGUUUUCUCAGAGGCGGGCGUCAAUGAUGACGGUUUUCUGAGAGAUCUGGAACCUCCCACUGAAAGCUCUGACUCCCUAUUGGCAGAGGGUCCUGGUGACUCUGACUCUGCACCUACUCCUCCUCCCUCUGUGGUCUCUGAAGAACCUGCUCCUCCUCUGCCCGAGUCAAACGAACUGCUCAACAAGUUUGUGUGCAAGAAUAAUGGAGUUCUGUUUGAGAAUCAGCUGCUACAGAUUGGCAUUAAGUCUGAAUAUCGCCAGAACCUGGGGCGGAUGUAUCUGUUUUACGGCAAUAAGACAUCAGUGCAGUUCGUAACAUUCACUACCACAGUAACCUGCCCAGGAGAGCUACAGUCUCAGCUCAAUGUACAGAGUAAAACAGUGGAGCCUCUCAUAGAAGGAGGUGCACAGGUGCAGCAGGUCAUUAACAUCGAGUGUCUGUCCGACUUCAGUGAUGCACCACUUCUCAACAUCAAGUUCAGGUAUGGUGGAGCUCUCCAGAAUCUCUCACUCAAGCUGCCUGUAACCAUAAACAAGUUCUUCCAGCCCACAGAGAUGUUGUCAAAUGACUUCUUUCAACGCUGGAAACAGCUCAGCCAGCCUCAGCAAGAAGCACAGAAGAUCUUCAAGGCCAACCAUGCUAUGGACACCGAAGUGCUCAAAGCUAAGUUACUGGGAUUGGGAAUGGCUCUCUUGGAGAACGUAGACCCGAAUCCAGAGAACUUUGUAUGUGCCGGAGUGAUCCAAACCAAGGCUCAGCAAGUGGGUAGUCUGCUAAGACUUGAGCCCAAUGCACAAGCUCAGAUGUACCGGUUGACCGUGCGCAGCAGUAAGGACACCGUCUCCAAGCGUCUUUGUGAGCUGCUGGCGGAACAGUUCUAGAAUGCGAGCUGAGAACCAACACCCUGACCAGCGUUUCACUUAAAAGACCCCAGAAUAAAGAUUCAACGAAAGCAUUCAUGCAUAAGGGAAAAAGUAGCUGUCAGUCUUUGGCAGCCAUAUUACUGUCCUUCUGAUAAUGAUUAUUAUUACUGUUGUUAUCAUCAACGCUGCCCUACUUGUUUUUAAUUGGUGUUUACCUGUGUGUGAGCAGUGGAAUGAAAGGAAGUGCGUGUGUGCUUGCGCGUGUGUGUGUGUUUUCGUACAUGCGUGAAAGAGUCAUGGUGAUAGUUUUGUUCUCCGUCCUGCCUGUUAAACGAUUAACUCCUGUGCUUGUGUUGACAGCUGGUGUGUAAUGUGGGGUGGAGGGGAGUACAGCAGAAAUGGAGAAUGUCUUCCCUCUCUCCUGUUUUAUCCAUAAAAUUUCAACUCUAAGGCGCUCCUAAAAAUUCACACUGUUAGGCUGUUUCUUUUGGACAUUCCCUGUUAGCCAGUUAUUCAGUGUACUGGGUAAGUCUAUUAGCAGGACAGAAAAACAAUCUUAAAUACACUAACGCAAUGGCACUUCCCUUAGAGGCCGAAAUCACUAACCCCCUUCCCUUUAGCUUUCAUGUUCCUCCGUUAAAAUCAUCAGAUCCAGUAAUCCAAAGGCAUUGGUGUACAUAGAAAAAGUCAAAGAAGAGAUUUCGUAUCCAACAAGCUUGACAAUUCCACCAAGUUGCAGUACUUCUGAUGUAGAAAUGGCCAGUGCACUUUAAGAGGCUUUGAGAGGAAAGGCUUUUAUAGUCCCAACCCUUUAUCUUGUUCUUGUCCUAUGUAUUCAGUACUCAUCCUGACCCCGACACAAUGUUUAUUGAAAAAAAUCUAUAUGAAUAUAUAUAUAUAAAUAUAUAUAAACCAUGUAAAUGAUUACCCUUAAUGGUUGCAUUUGUAUGUCUCUUUAUUGUUUUUGAUAGUAGUAUAUUGUCAGUGUGUUUGUAUUUCUUAAAGGGUCUGGUUUUUUUUGCUCUUAAUUUUUUUUUCUGGACAUUCCAUUCUGUACUAUGAGUGAGUGGGCAUAACGUUUCAGGUUAGUCGUACAGUGUUAAACAGGUUGGGGUGGAACUAGAAUAAGAGAGGAGGAAGUGAAGCAGAGGGAGAAUCGGGUCCAAAAAUGAAUGUGUCCGCACAUGAAGAGUGCAACAUCAGUGGACCUUCAUUUAAAUGUCUUUUUGUAAUAUCUUAAUGUAAAAAAAAUUGGGAGGAUAUUGACAUAAUUUGUUCACCCUCCAGCACAGUUAUUGACUGAAUUAAAUAGUAGAUAGUGGUUACCUCGUUACUAAAUCCUUAUACACACACACACACACACACACAACUAACUUGAGUGGUGACAUUGCAGACCCACAUUUUCUUUUUGCAGCGACGAAACCUGGGAAGCACUUAGUUUGUGAGACGUUGUGUAAGAAAUUUGUUACAUGCACACAGUUAUGCACACACCCCACACAUUCAGAGGACAGGGGCUUGGGGGAGCACUGGACCAAAGCAGCUGCCAACUGUCAAUCACGUACAGGGAUCAUAAUGAUUUUGGUCGGCGUUGUUUGGUGAGCGAAUGUGUGGUGUAUUUUAUGUGUGUAGUGUGUGGUUCAUGUAAAAAUAUAUAAUGAAAUUUAUGGGACAUUGUCAUUAGUUCAGUUAUGGGGUCAUGCUUCUCUCCAUGCAGAGAGUCAUUGUAGUUGAUUAGAGUCAGUCAUGGUGUGCGUGUUUCUGUGCGAGUGUGCGUGUGUCUAUGCAGUAUCCGCUAGCUAAUGCAGCCCCAGUGUAUCGCUGUUCAACCUGUCUGAUACCUGUGUUAGAUUAAAUUUACUCUGUACUGAAUAAUGUGAAAGUAAAUUUAUGCCAUAUACUCAAA